GAUCCGCCUGCAGCACCAGUACUGGAGCCAGUGGACAGCACGCAGAUCACCACCAGCUCGCUGAGAAUCAGCUGGCUCAUGCCUCAGUACCCCGGCAGCAUCGCCAUCGAAGGGUACGCGGUAGAGGUGAGGCCGCAUGGCAAUGGCAGCACUUGGACGCUGGCCUCCUUUGCUGUUCAGACCCUCUCCAGCACUGUCACUGGACUCAGGCCGUGGACUGAAUAUCACUUGCGCAUGCGAGCGAUGACAUCACUGGGCUACAGUGAAUAUAGCGAGGAGACCGCCGCUACGCGUACAUUGCCACGUGAUCCGGUGGCACCCGAGGGUGUUGUGACGUCAGCAGGAGUAACUUCGAUCACCCUUCAUUGGCAGCUACCUGUCACGUGGACUGCCGAGCACGGAGCACUGCGCAACGUUCUCGUGUCCUACGAGCAACUGGCAGAUGACGGAGCAGGCGCACCGCUGAAAAACACCACCAGUGUUGUCGUCGGUGCUGGCGACACAGCGGGAAAUUUGACGGUCACCGGGUUGGAGGACGACUCUCGGUACUCAUUCAACAUCACGUUUGACAAUGGAUACGCUACUGGCAAUAGCACUGAAGUACUGGGCAAAACAAUCCCAGGUGUACCCAGUCCGCUCACCGACCUGCAACUCUCAGAGAACGGUACGGAUCACGUGCAGCUCUUCUGGCGUGUGGAUCUGGCCAAGGACGAGUACCCUGCAACGCAGCUGAUGUUCGCAGUGAAACUUCAAGACGGAGAAGGUGUCAGUAACGUUACGAUUAACAUCACAGAUGACAAUGGCAAGCAUAUUCUUGAUAACCUGGUGCCAGAGACGACAUACAUCGUAGAUGUCCACACGCUCAACGAGUUUGGCAGAAGUGAAGAGGCUAGGAAUACGUCUUUCCAGACCCAAGCAAUGGACGAGAUCCCAGAGAGUGCAAGCAUUCUCAUCGACUUCCCACCAGCUGGAAACGAUUCAAAGUUCUUCACAGUAUUUGUUCGACUGGCAGGCUCGACUGACGAUUUUGAGCAGAUAGCUCGAGUCCCAUCGACUAUACCCCGUUUUGUUCUGGGAGGAGUGAUGGCAGGACAAAACUAUGAGAUUAUCGUGAAGGAGACUGGAGACGGUACACCCCGCGACGUUCUCCAAUUUGAAGCAACUCCUUCUGGAACUACUCCUGUAGUUCCAAUUCUCCUGCCGGACUCAGUACCCGGCGUUACUAGCUGGCACGUGCAAGUCCGUCAGCAAGACGCAAAUGGAACGUAUGGUCCUUGGCAGACACAUGUACACCUUCCUAGCUCUCGACCGAAGUACGACCUGACGGGACUUUCCCCUGGUAACACGUACCAGUAUCGCAUCUUGGACAAUACCGGGAACGUUCAUCGAACAGGUGCCGCGUUCAUUCCCGAACUCCAGGACACGGCGUCGCCAACAGAUGAUAUUCCAUCGCCCAAUUCGCCCGUUGAAAGCACAGACGACGGAUCGUUUGUCAGCAGCAAGAACAAAAUGACACUGUAUUCUGUCAUUGGUUCGAGCAGUGUCGUCUGUGUUGUGUGCGGAGCACUUCUCCUCUAUCUCAUCCGUAGGAGGAACUCAUCGUCCGAAGAAGGUGAAAUGGACAAAGAUCACGUCCAGCUCUCUCGGCUCGCUCCUGUGACCUCACACUACGGAUUGAUAGCGCAAGGAUCGUCUGAUCACUACCUAGCUAAACCCAGCAUGUCCACAAGUACCAUAUCUACAGAACACCAUCUAGCUGAAUCGAGCAUGUCCACGAGUACCAUAUCGAUGGAUCACCCACUAGCUGAACCUAGCACAUCUACCAGCACCAAUUCUACAAUCCAGUGGAAGAACCACGCCAUAAAGACACCACUUGCAAAGUGUCAGAGUGCAAUGCGUCAGAGCAAGCCUCAAAUCGGCGCGCAACAGAUGCACACACAACAGGUGGAAGUACUCAACAAAAGUAUGGUCAAUCUCGAUGGUGGUAGCAUGCGCAGUCUCAAUGCAAACAAUAAUUACAAUACGGCCAGUCUCAAUGUCAACAAAUUGCCCAGUAUCAAUGGUGGCAGUAUGCCCAAUCUCAAUGACGCCAGUAUGCCCAGUAAUCCCAAUGGCGCUGCUAUGCUCAAUCUCAAUGGUGGUGGUGGUGGUGGUGGUGCUCAGCGCAAUCACCGUGGAGGUAGCGUGCUCAGCUGCAAUAGUCAUAAUGGCCUGCUGGAGAGCGAUGAACCGCGAGGCCAACCAGGGCGCUUGUUUGAGAGCAGCAUAACCUCUGAGUACACACCAAUGAACCUUUCCCAGAACGUUUCGCAGAGUGCAUCAGCGGACACGUCACCGAACACGUCACAGAGCGCAUCGCAGAGCGCAUCGCACAGGGCCACACCACUACUGGGUCGCCGAAAUGUGGAAACAGGCACUUCACUAGGACCGGACUACUCCCAUCUCACGUCUACAUCACAAAUCAGCCAAACAAGCGUAUUGGACGAGAUGAUACAACGGCCGGAAAAGGUCAACCACCUGCCAAAAACAGACGAAAAGAAACCGGGCCCCAUGUCUCCCUUAUUCCACCAAGAGAACACACGACCGUCAUCAACAUCGGAUGCGGAAAUGGCCAAUGGGCGUGAUAUUUAUUCUUUUGACCCAGUGUCAGAGGAUGGCCAUAUCUAUUCACUCGCCAAAGGUAAAGGCGCGUCGGCGGCUCAUGUAAUGGCAAAGGCGAAAGGUAAUCCCACUUACGUAAUGGCAGAGUCGAAUGAUGGCCCUACUUAUGUGUUGGCAGAGUCGAAUGAUGCAAGGUCAACUGGUGCAGAGUCGAAUGAUGCUGAAUUGUAUAGUAGGGUCGAGUCAAAGGGUACUUCAGAAAAGCGGCUUACUAUCUUCUCAACUCCAAUCACCCUCGAACCAGAUCCGUAUUCCACACAAUCCACUAACACGUCACCUCGAGCAGAACAGGGUUCACGUGCCUAUGCAGCCCCGCGGGCGCGCAAGAAUGUCACGGGUGCCUCCUCAACUCCGCUGACCGAGUCUGAUGACGUAUAUUCAUCUCCACGCACACGUGUCGCAGAUCGUCCUUCAGCCCCACAGACAGAGACCGCGGAUAUCUACGCAGCUCCACAGAGACAAGCUAUGCAUGCCUGCUCAACUCCGCUCUCAGCAUGUGCUGCAGAAAACUAUGCAGCUCCAAAGAAGGCUGAUCUGACUCAUCUGCUAGACAAUAAGGAUGUAUAUUCAUCUCCCGGGGCACACGCAACGAAAACCACUUCAACUGGAGAGGCUGAUCUGACUCAUCUGCUAGACAAUAUGGAUGUAUAUUCAUCUCCCAGGGCACACGCAACGAAAACCACUUCAACUGGAGAGGCUGAUCUGACUCAUCUGCUAGACAAUAUGGAUGUAUAUUCAUCUCCCGGGGCACACGCAACAAAAACCACUUCAACUGGAGAGGCUGAUCUGACUCAUCUGCUAGACAAUAUGGAUGUAUAUUCAUCUCCCGGGGCACACGCAACGAAAACCUAUUCAACUGGAGAGGCCCAGGACAAAGAUGCAUACGCACCUCCAAAAACACGGAUAGCAGAUAUCCGCUCGGCAGCACUGUCUGAGGACGGAAAUAUAUAUUCAUCUCCCUGGACACCAUCAAGUUCUCGGAAGAGGGCUGCAGCUCCACAGGCUAUGGACGCCUCGCCGACUGCGCAGGCUGACGACGACGACACUGCUGAUCUGUACGCAGCUCCGCACAGGAAGCUGUGAGGUGACGGCACAGUCUGAUUGCUAGGGACACUAGCUGCAGUCCUCUGGCCUUCGUACAGAUGUGCACACCUUCCUCUCCUUGAAUGGCUAGGCUAGCUGGUACUUUACCAGGCAACUGCAGAUGCUAGGGUCGGUUGGAGAUUCAGGUCUGUGCGGCCAGCUUACUUGUAAGCUUACUUGUAAGAAUAUAACAAGUAGCACAUCAUCAUCACACGUUGAUAGACCGACAUAGCCUCUUCAGUCAAACGCUACUUACUCCCUUACUGAGGAACUGGCAAUACUUACCACAUAGCUCUGUUAACAACGUUCCCAUAACUGCAACAGCCACCUUGCCGUUUUCUAGUGUUUAGGUAUAUGCAGUUCGUUUUAUAGUGCUAAUUGUGGGUUAGUUUUCUUCGUUCUCCUCCAUCUUUCUUCAAUAUCCUUUUCCAUGAGUUGUUACAUAUUGCAACAUGCAUUAACAAUAGAUAAUAGUUUCUAUAGAUUGGAAGAGCACCGCCAUAUUGAGUAGUAGUUCUGCAGCUCUGUA